UGUAUCAUUUUUACUCCGUUGACACUUGCGCAGUUUCGAUCACGCAAACCCAAAACAUUCAGUUGUUUGGUGUGUUGUGUGUUCUUCGAAUCGUUCUUUGGUCGUGGUCAGCUGUAGGGUAUUUAGAAAUGGGAAUAUGUGAUAAAAGUAGUUUUGGGUGUGUGUUUUAAUAGUUUUGUGUAUAAUAUUGAAUUGUGCUAGUAAAACAAUGUUCAGUGAUUGUGUUGCUGUGUUAUUGUUGCUUCUAGUCCUACCUUUUAUUGAAAGUGCUGAACGACUGAACGAAUACAUUCGUCACUAUGAGACCCUUGCCUAUGACACCGAAGCUGUCCAUAGGGCUCACACACGAGCGAAACGGUCCAUCGCCUCGGACAAUUACGUCCAUGUGGCAUUCAAGGCUCACGGUCACGACUUUCGAGUACGGCUGAAAAGGGACCUUCACGUUUUUCAGGACAAACUUGAGGUGCAGGGUCCAACGGGAGAACCGCUGGACGUCGACACGUCGCACAUAUAUCAGGGACACAUUUUAGGUGAACCUGACAGUGUAGCCUUUGGCUCAAUCAUUGAAGGCGUUUUUGAAGGGAAGCUCAUGUUGCCAAGUAAGGGUGCAUUUUACGUAGAAAAGGCCCAUCAUUAUUUUCCUCAUACGACACAUCCGAACAGAACAUUCCAUAGUGUUAUCUACCAUGAAGACCACGUUGAGGAUCCUUAUGCUCACAAAAGAGAAGGUCAUUCUGCUGGCUGUGGAAUCAAUGACGAUGUGAUCGAGUGGAUGAACAAAAUCCAGUCGUCAGGAGAAGACCUGCCCAUUACCCCCUCUACGGUUGCUUUCAAAAAAGCCGUCAAACACAAAAAACAUUUAAAAACCAAAAAAGACAAGGAGGAGCCGAAUCCUCUGCCGAAUUACGAGGACGUCGUGAACAAAUACUCGAAAGAAGCCAAUGAACAAAGCAACAGUAGGCACAGAAGAGCCACAAGAAGAGACGAAAACAAAAAUACCUGUUCGCUGUACAUACAGACAGAUCCUCUUAUUUGGAGGCAUAUCAGAGAAGGAUUCCCUGAGCAUCUAGAUCCUAAAAAACAACAAGAAGUCAACGAAAAAACCAGAGAAGAAAUACUCUCUAUAAUUGCUCAUCAUGUCACUGCCGUUAACUAUAUAUAUCGUGAUACCAAGUUCGAUGGAAAAAGUGAACAUCGUAAUAUCAAAUUUGAAGUGCAAAGAAUCAAAAUUGACGAUGAUUCAUCGUGUAGGUGCUAUCACAGAGGUUGUGGAGAAAUGAACCAAUUCUGCCUAGAGAAUAUAGACGUUAGCAAUUUCCUUAAUAUCCAUUCGCUGGGCAACCAUGAAGACUUUUGUCUGGCAUAUGUGUUCACUUAUAGAGACUUUACCGGAGGCACGUUGGGACUGGCGUGGGUUGCCAGUGCUUCUGGUGCUUCUGGAGGCAUUUGUGAGAAGUAUAAGACUUACACGGAGACUAUCGGUGGAAUGUAUCAAUCCACCAAAAGGUCUCUAAAUACGGGUAUCAUCACAUUCGUGAAUUAUAAUAGCAGAGUUCCUCCAAAGGUUUCUCAACUAACACUGGCUCAUGAGAUUGGACAUAAUUUUGGUUCACCGCAUGACUACCCUCCAGAAUGCCGUCCUGGGGGCCCCAAUGGUAACUACAUUAUGUUCGCCUCCGCCACCAGCGGUGAUCGACCCAACAACAGCAAAUUUUCCAGCUGUAGUGUCGGCAAUAUCAGCAACGUUCUAGACGCGAUCGAAGAGAAGAAGAAAAGAAAUUGUUUCACUGCUUCCGCUGGUGCCUUCUGCGGUAAUAAAAUUGUGGAAGCCGGAGAGGAAUGCGAUUGCGGGUAUGAUGAUAAAGAAUGCAACGACCAAUGUUGCUACCCUAGAGUUAUCAGUGUAAGGGAUAAGGAACUUAAUAGAUCAGCCGUUGGGUGUACGAGACGUGCUGGCACUGAAUGCAGUCCUAGCCAAGGUCCAUGCUGCAGCGGCGAAUGCAAGUUUAUAUCUUCGUAUCGGCAGGAAGUGUGCAAAAUGGAAUCCGAUUGUUCCCGAUCGUCGAAAUGUAACGGUUCCAGCGCAGAAUGCCCUGUGCCUACUCCUCGCGCAGAUAAGACUCGGUGCAACAAUGGAACCCAAUUGUGCAUCAAAGGAGAAUGCUCCGGCUCGAUCUGCUUAGAAUGGAAUUUAGAAGCUUGUUCUUUGACAACACAAGAUCAUCCCAAUAUCGAUAAGAGAAAGUUGUGUGAGUUGGCUUGUCAAAAUGGCACUGAUAUUUGCAGAAGUACCAGUGAGUUUGCCGAUAGAGUAGGACUUCCUCCUGGAGGCAUCAGUUUAAGACCGGGUUCUCCUUGUGAUAAUUUCCAGGGUUAUUGCGAUGUAUUCCUUAAAUGUAGAGCAGUGGACGCCGAUGGACCAUUAGUUCGUCUUAUGAAUCUCCUUUUGAACAAAGAGACUUUGAUAACCGUGGCUCAAUGGAUUACAGAAUAUUGGUGGGCAGUACUUUUGAUGGGAAUCGCCUUUAUAAUCUUUAUGGGGCUUUUCAUAAAGUGUUGUGCAGUACAUACUCCGUCGUCUAAUCCGAAACUGAAGAAGGCCCAGAGGAUUAGUGAUACCUUAAGAAGGCCUAUGAAUACUCUUCGAAGAAUGAGAUAUCCCGCUGGAGGAGCCCAUCACGCCGCGGGAGCACCUGCUACGAAUAGAAGUCGAAGGGAUCCUUCUAGUCGUCCUUCAGCAAGUCAAGCAGGACCUAGGCCAGGAUACGGGGAAGGUAGAGGUCACUACCACGCGCCCAAAGCAUAUUCUCCAGUAGCAACAGCACCUCCAGCCCCGAACUACAGCCGUCAGAACCAUCCGGAAUUGUACGCAGGAGCAUACGAGAUGAGAAACAAAGUCUGACAGAGUGAGGGUGGCCAGCCACAACCCUCUCCGCCUCCCGACUACCCUGGUACUCCUUUAGUUGAUGUCUCUUCGUCAUUUUUGCUCGUUCAUCACGCGGGCAGAGCGAACGGAGACAAGACGGAGGAGAGCGACGCCGGUUCUACAGUUUAGGUUAUACAUACAUAUUUAUAAAUUAUCGUCGUUUUUUAAAAGGCAGCUCUGAUUAGGGUUUUAACAAAUUACAGUAAACAUUUUGCAUAAAGAUAUUGACAAUAAAAGGAACAUAUUAUAUUGCACGCUUAAGCGUAAAGUAUGAAAUCAUAAAGAUAUUAGGCCAAAAAAUAUGUUCGUUGUGUAUAUUAGAUUGACCAGCGAAUUAAAAUUUUAUAUUCCCGAUGUUGCCAAUUUUACAAUUUGUGAGAUAUACGGAUAAUACGCAUAUUUUUAAAUGAGACAACCCGUAGAUUUUUUUACAAUAUUUUGUUUUUUACAAUAUUAAGAGAACCAUUUUUAAAUGUUUUUAUAUAUACCCCAUUCCACGAAUAUUAGACCCUCUUGGAUUAUCGCGACAACGAAUAUUUUACUGUGCAAAAUAAGAAGAAGGAACGUAAAUUGCAAAUUACAUUGUUGUUUAUUGGAAUAACUAUUAGCGCCAUUUACUUUCGUACUUCUUAUGUUGCACACUAAAAUAUUCAAUGUCGAAGUAAUCCAAAACAGGCGUAUGUUCGUGGAAUGGCCCAUACUUCACUUGAUCUUUGUCACUAUGUCCGGGAAAUCUUAUAAUUAUUCCAUUUUAAAUAUACUUCCAGACUACGUAGACAACUGAAAUUUUCAGAAUAGCUCAGAACUCAAUAAAAAAUGCAAUAUUUAACAGCAUUGUAACACCAUUUAUAUGGAUGCAUUGAGUUUUAUUUUGAAUUUUAAGUCAUUUUAAAUAUAAAUAAUGCAAUGACAUUUAGAUCCCGUUGUAAAAUACGUAAAUCAAUAGCGGAUAUAGCUCCGUGGUAGAUCAUUCGACUGGUUCAAGCCCAGGUGUUCCCUAUUUUUUUCCUUAAAAUUGUGUGUAAAGCAUUUUCUUUAAUUUAUAUGUGUUUCAAGUCGAUUACAAAAUUCUUUUAUGACAGAAAUUAAAACAACAACAUAGUUUACAAUUUUAUAUUGUGUCCUAUAAAUAAUUAAAACGUGGUAUUAUAAAAAGUUCUUAUUUAUAAAAGUGUAAUUAUUUAUUUUGUAAUUAAUAGUGCUGUAUAAAGAGAAAGCACCUAAAGAAAAAAAUUAUGAAAGAUGUCAAUAUGCCCACCUUGUCUUUAGAAACAUAAAUCCAUUAUUAUGACAAUUCAUCUAAGACUUUUCUAUUCCUUUCCGGAGCAAUUAGUGCUAUCUCUUCUGUAAUUCUGUCUUUCAGUUCUUGGAUCAUCUGUGACCUAUUUACAUACACUUUGCUUUUUAAAUAACCUAAAAAAAAUCUAGAGGUGCCAAAUCCGGAGGUUUUGCUGGCCUUCCGAUAGCUCCUUUUCUUCUAAUCCAACGAUUUGGAAAUGUAUUGUCGAGAAACUCACGAACGCCUUGAAGAUAAUGAGGAGGUGCUCCAUCUUAAUGAAUCCAAAUUGAUCUAUACACGAGAUGAUUUAUAUCAUCAGGAAACAAUCUGGCUAAUUCUAGAAUUAACUCGAAUUCUAAAAAUGCCCAGUAUUCUUCACCUUUUGUGGUUCUAUCCCAAAAAUAAGGUCCAAUAAUGGAUAUGCUGCAUCUGCAUAUUAAUAAUUAAUAUUGACCAUUAACAGGAUAUAUGCUGCAUCUGCAAUAAAAACCUGUAACAGAAGGUGCUCUUAUUUAAAAAUCGCAUAUUUAUUUAUUUGUCAACGAGCAAUUGCCCAUAUUAUCCAUAUACAGUCGAACCCGCUUAUUAGAAUAUCUCUUAUAGGAAUAAGAGAUUUAACGAAUAGAAAUUUGAGGUCCCCGAACGUUUCUACUAGGCACAAAUGAUUGGUUAUUAGAAUAUCCCGGUUAUAGGAAUACUUUUGAUUGGCACGAAAACUAUUCCAAUAAGCGGGUUCGACUGUAUUUCAAAAACUGUAAAUUUGGCAACGUCGAAAAUAUAAAAUUGUAAUAAUCAACUAUUUAUAAUGGGAAAUAAGCCACAAUUUUACCAAAAAAAGAUUUUAUUAACGUUUCAAUUUUAUAAAAUUUUAAAUCGCCGGUCCACCUAAUAUACAUAACAAACAUUUUGUUAUUGUAUCAUAAGGGGUAUCACAGAUAUCUAUUGUUUUCAUACAUUACGCGCGCACUGUAUUUAUAUUGAAAGAACUGAAUGAAAAGAGGAAAUGUUUUGAAUACAAUAAUCUACGAGAAAUGUUAAGGGGCAUUGUAUUAUACAUUUUAAGUGUGUAUUAUAAAUGUUUAGUUUUAUGGACGAUGACAGUAUUUGCUAAUUACACUUACCGGCAAAAUUAACCGCUCACUUUAAAAAUGGGUUUUGAUAUCUCAAAUUUCUUAAGUCUGUUGUUAGAUUUAAAUGGUUUUUUAAUAUUUUGUAGCCUUCUAUUCUUUAACAAUAUCGCUGUAAUAAUAUUGUUGUAAACAGGCAAAUUUUCAUUAUAUACCGGGUGUACCAAUCAAACUGUGUUUUUUUUUCAAACUUUGCGUCACCCUGUGGAAUAUUCUAACAUUUAUAAAAUACUGAAAUUAAAGCCCAACUAUACCCUCAUGUUUUCUUAACAUUCUGUUUUUUGAUUCAUUCGCUUAAGUUGGAUAAUAAAAAAGUUAGGUACUUUAACAACUAACCUUGUUUUUAACUUUAAGGGGUAAUUCUGUAUGAAAACAUACAUAAUGACAGUUUGCUUUAUAAACUUAUGUCCGCAAAUGCUUCGUUUUCGAGAUAGGGGGUGUGGAAAUUUUUCUUACAAACUGCCGAUUUUUUAUUGCUCUAAAACCGGUUGAGAUAUGCAAAUGAAAUUUGGUGGGUUUAAAGAGGUAGUAAUUGUGUAUUUUUGGGCAUACAAUUAAGAAUUUUAUGUUGUUACAUUGGUGCACAUAAGGGUCAUAUUAUCUGUAUGCGCCACAAUGGUGAGUAUUAAAUUCCUAAUUAUGUAUAUGUCAAAAAGUGCGGAAUAACUACCUCUUAAAACCCACCCAAUUUCAUUUGCAUAUCUUAACCGCUUUUAGAACAAUAAAUAAAUUGUCAGUUUGUAAGAAAAAUUUCAAUACCUCCUAUCUCGGAAACGAAGCAUUUGCGGACAUACGUAUAUAAAGCAAACUAUCAUUUCUUUUUCAUGUAGAAUUACCCCCCUUAAAGUUUGCCAUACUUAUUUAAAAACACCCCGCAUUGACGAAAAACAAGGCUAGUUGUUAAAGUACCUAACUUUUUUUAUUCAACAUAAGCGAAUGAAUCACAAACAGAAUGUUAAGAAAACAUGAGGCUAUAGUUGGGUGGUAAUUUCAGUAUUUUAUAAAUGCUAGAAUAUUGCAGAGUCACGUGAACUUUGAGAAAAAAAUCACAGUUUAACCUGUGAUUUACCUGUCUAGCAACAAUAUUAUUAGAAAUCUCGGAAACGAAGCAUUUGCGGACAUACGUUUAUAAAGCAAACUGUCAUUAUUUUUUCAUGCAGAAUUACCCCUAAAGUUUGCCAUACUUUUUUAAAAACACCCUGUUUGGGCGAAAUACAAGGCUAGUUCUGAAAGUGCCCCACUUUUUUAUUAUCCAACAUAAGCGUGUAAAUUAAAAAACAGAAUGUUAAAAAACAUGAGGCUAUACAUGGGGUUUUAAUUUCAGUAUUUUAUAAAUGCUAUUUGAUUAGUACAGCCGGUAUACAAUGCUAAUUUACCUGUCUAGAAACAAUAUUAUUACAGCGAUAUUGUUGAAGAAUAAGGCUAUAACAUAUUUAAAAAAUCGCUUAAAUCGGAUAACAGAUUUAGGAAAUUCGACACAUUAAAAACGACCCAUUUUUAAGGCGGUGCGUUAAUUUCUUGGAGAAGUGUAUGUAUGUAUUUUGAAUAAAAGUCGCUGUAAUUUUUUAAAUCUCUGUAUAGUGACGCUGCAUUAUAAGUUAAAACCUAUCAUGUGAACUAGACUGGUUUAUUUUAAAAAUUCGGCCAAUGUGCUCUGUGAUCCAAGACACGCGCGAACUUUGUGAAAAGUGCGCGUGAAAACUUUGUUUGAAUAUUUGAAAAUUUAAAUAAAAACGGGUGCAUUUAAAAUUGUAGUCACCGUUAAUUUUUAAUGUGUUUCGAAAUUUUAAGUGAUUUUUUAGAAUAAAUUUAUAAUUAUUAGUUUUGGCUUCCUUCGAAUGAAAGGCUGAUAUUUUUAUCCCGAAAAAAAUGACUUUUUCGGGAUGUUUUUAAGCUCCGCAUAUUGGAAUAUCUUUAGUAAGUUUUUUUUUAAAUCUUCGAAUGAGUUUGAUAAACUUCUUUUUGUACUUUUGAUGUUUGUAUAGAAGCUUAUCUCUGUUCUUUAUAAAACUCGUUCGAGAUUUAUUUUACUAGAAAAUUUUAAUUGUUUUCUACUGUGAGUUGAUGCAGCCGUGUAUAAAUGACAGGUGAAGACGAAAACUUUUUCUAACAAAUGCAUGAAACUAGUAAUGUCACGACUAGUUCAAACUACAGAAUCUGUAUUUAUUUAUUUAUUUAUUUAUUUAUUAAGCGUAUGGUACAUCACAGUUGAGAUUUUGUGUAUAAGCAAAGAGGAAAAUACAUUACAAAUAGUAAAUCUUCUUCUUCUUCUUCUAAUGGCGCUAGAACCCUUUGUGAGUCUUGACCUGCUUAACAAUGUUCUUCCAUUCUGCUUUGUCGGAUACUUUCCUUUGCCACUGCCUGAUGUUCAUGGUUUUAAGAUCCCCUCUAAGUCGCCUAUCCAUAUUUUAUGGGUCUUCCUCUUGUUCUAUUUCCUUUUGGCUUCCAUCUCUGGAUUACUUUCACAGCUCGAUUAUCUGACAUUCUUUCUAAGUGACCAAGCCAGUUUAGUAUUUGUGACUAGAAAUCCAACAAUAUCUGCGCUCUGCAUUAAUUCAUCCAGCUCGUGGUUCAUUUUAAUUCUCCACGAAAUAUCGCUGCAAUGUGUUGGUCCAAAUAUCUUUCUUAGUAUUUUGCGCUCAAAUAUUCUCAGUUGAUUUUCAUCAGUGGUUGAGAGGGUCCACGUUUCACAUCCAUAUGUGACCACUGGUCUAAUUACUGUUUUGUAGAUUCUAAGCUUAGACUCACGAUUCAGUAACUUACUUUUCAUAAAGUCUUUGUAUGCAUAAAAACUCUUAUUACCGCUAAGAAUCCGUGUUUGUAUUUUUUGACUGGUGUUGUCAUUUUUAUUGGUUGUAUAUUGCCAUUCUGUGAAUUAUCAUAAAUAAAUCUUCCUUUAGUAUUCCACAGCAGUUAACAGCGAUAAUCCUCUACAAGUACCUGCCUAAUACUACCUUUCACGGCCGCUGUCGUGACGAGCGGCAACGUUGUCACAAAAUUAUCAUUGAGUUCGCAUGGGGCUAUCCUUGUACACUGCAUAGCAUGUUUGAAAUACGCUGUAGUCGUGAUAUUGGCACGUCGUCGUUUGAAUUUUUCCAAUACAUUUUAAUAUUUUUUUGUGUCUUUUGGAAUAUCAGAAACAUAAACUUUUUGAUUUCUUAAAAAUUGAUAUAUUUAUUUUUAUAAUGUAUUAAAAAUUUAAGUACACAGACUAAAUAAAAAUUAUUUUUUUGCAUUCGUACAUUGACAAAGUGAUUAAAAUCAAACUUAAAUUUUUGUUUAUGCUUGAAAUUUCAACAGACAUCAUUUAUGCUGGAUGACAGAUGUCAAAAAUGAGAUUAAUUAUUUGUCCUCACGUAACAUCUUUAUAGAAAUGGAGAUUAUAAAUGACGGGGGACACUAGACCAGGGCGGAUCUGUUUUGUGGUGGAUAUGAGAGGUGACUUUCUAAUGUAUGCAGAAAAAGUUGUGAUAACUUAAGCAAUAGUAAUUGACUUAUCGUCCCUCUCAAAUAGGUUAGGAAUUUCAAUAAAAAAUUAAAAUAUUUAAAAACAUCGUUUUUUUUUUGUACUCUCGAUGGUGAUAACUUUAAAACGAUUUACUUUGGAGUGAAGUACUGAAAUAAAAUACUGAUAAUAGAAUUUUCUUAUACCGGGUGUCCACUUAUAUUUUCCCCCAUUUUAACUGCCUAUAACUUCUAAACGGCUUAAGAUAGAAAUAUGCGGUUUUCGAUGAAAUGUUUUAUUUUAGUAAAAGUUUUGUCUGAAUGGAUUGAAUUUUUUAUAUCGCUUUCAAAUACGAAAAGAAAAAUGGCUGAUUUUUGAAAAAAACGUUGUUGACUUUUUUUAAUAGAACACCCAGUAUAUUUUUUUGUAAAUUGAAAGAAAGGUCAUUCACCUAUCCAGUGAUAUAAAGUUUUUCAAAAUCGGUUGUCAAAUCACUGAGUAAUUAAUUUUUAAAAUGAGCGGUGCAACGUGGAUAUCACAUACCUAAAUAACAUAACUAAGCAAAAUUAUGUGAAUUCCACAUUGCAUCUUUCAUUUUAAAAAUUAUUUGCUCAGUCAUUUGACAACCGAUUUUAAAAAAUUUAAUAUCGCUGGAUAGGUAAAUGACCGUUUUUUCAAGCUACAAAAAAAUAUACUGGGUGUUUCAAUAAAAAAAGUCAACGUUUUUUUUUUUUUUCAAAAAUCCGCCAUUUUUAAUUUAAAAGCGACAUAAAAAAUGGUCAUUUACCUAAAAACUUGAAAAAACAGUCAUUUCCCAAUUCAACGAUAUAAUUUUUUUUUAAAUCGGUGGUUAAAUGACUGAGCAAUUAAUUUUUAAAAUGAGAGAUGCAAUGUGGAUAUCACAUAACAUAAUAUCAAUUUGCUGAGUUAUGUUAUUUAGGUAUGUGAUAUCCACGUUGCACCUCUCAUUUUAAAAAUUAAUUACUCAGUGAUUUGACAACCGAUUUUGAAAAACUUUAUAUCGCUGGAUAGGUGAAUGACCUUUCUUUCAAUUUACAAAAAAAUAUACUGGGUGUUCCAUUAAAAAAAAAGUCGAACGUUUUUUUUUCAAAAAUCCGCCAUUUUUCUUUUCGUAUUUGAAAGCGAUAUAAAAAAUUCAGUCCAUUCGGACAAAACUUUUACCAAAAUAAAACAUUUCAGCGAAAACCGCAUAUUUCUAUCUUGAACCGUUUAGAAGUUAUAGGCAGUUAAAAUGGGGGAAAAUAUAAGUGGACAUCCGGUAUGAUACGACUUAUUAAAAAUAGGUUAGUUUAUUACCCAUGUUGCAAAAUAGCAAUAAAUACAAAAAAGGGGAGAACAAAGCCUUUUCUCUUAUUCAAUGUUUUCAAUCACUUAGAUUGUAGUUAGGACCUUUAUAAUUCGCCUAGAAUUUUUUUUUUUUAAUAUAUUAAGACAGUCCACCAAAUUUCAUUAAAAUCCAUUUAAUAGAUUUUUUACAAAACUUUUUAAACUUUUUGCAAAACCAAAUAAAAAGUGCUCAUUUUAAAAUAAUGCGUUCCUUAAUGGUAGAAAAAGAGACAUUAGAAUAGAUUUGAAUGAAUUGAGGUACCUACCUAUAUAAGUUUCAAAACAGAAACUGCAAAAAGAAAUUUGAUUUAACCAUGCUCCCACAGGCUGAAUUUGUAGCCGCUCAACACUGCUUUUGGGUUUAUUACCAAGUUCAGCAAUGGAUUUGUAAUGAAUUAGACUGAAAAGAGUGGGACUGGGAAAUGGAAAAAAGGUUGUUAUGCGAAAUCUAUUAAAUCGAUUUUAAUCAAAUGUGGUGGACUAUUUUACUAUAAAAUAAAGAUUUUCUAGGCGAAUUAUGAAGGUUCUAAGUGCCUUCUAAGUGUUUGAAAAAAUAAGAAAGUGAGAAUAAGAAAAAAUAAGAUGAAUAAGAAAAGUCUGAUUUUUCUCUCUUUGUUUGUAUUUAUUGCUAUUUUGCAGCCAGGGUAAUGAACUGAAACAUUUUUGAUCAGUCGUAUCUUAUAGAAUAUUCAACUAUCGUUAUUUCAUUACAACUUUGCUUCAAAAUGAAAGGAAAGUAGUAAAAGAAUAUUUUAAUUUUUUUAUUAAUUUUCAUUUUUUUACUAAUUUUAUAUAAAGACAAUCAUUAUUAUUGAGGUUAUACAACUUUUUUUGCAAAAUAUCAGGUCAACCCUCACAUCUCCUUCAAAUCAGACCCGCCCUGGUCUAUAUCAAAAUUGAGAUUAUAUGUAAGGGGGCACGCCUAUUUGAAAUGAAUGAUUUUAAAAUAUGUAUGUGGUUUGGCUUAUUCAAAAAUAUGGUUUCUACUAGUUCUUAUUGAAACAGUUAAAAAGAGUUUUAUUCGAACCUGCUCAUUUUUUACUGGGCCAAUUAUAUUAGACCAAUUUGAUAAAUAUUGCGUUUGAACAAUUUUCUCUUUACUUAUUGUUUCUUUCUUAGCAAUAUUCGAUAUAAUUUCUAAGCCUUGUAAUAACAAUUUUAUUCUCAGAAAGUAUUUAUAAGUAUAUUUUUAUCAAGAUUCAGUUGCAAUAAACUACUUUACAGGAAAAUUUAUAUCGUAAACACAAGUCUAAAGCAAAAGUGAAUAAUCAUCAUCAUAAUAUACAGUGAGCACGUAAAGGUUGGAAUAAAUUAAUUUUCUCGAGAAUGGACGAUUUUGGAAAAAAUCCCAAAACAGGUCAAUUUUUAUUUUUAAAUUACGACUUUUUGGCGUAUAUAUCAUACUAGUGACGUCACCCAUCUGGGCGUGAUGACGUCAUCGAUGAUUUUUUUAAAUGAGAAUAGUGGUCGUGUGAUAGCUUAUUUGAAAGGUAAUUCAAUUCUCUAUUCAGUAAUAUAAACAUUAACAUAACUAUUUAUACACGGUGUUCAAAAAAAAAAUUUUGGAUUAAAUUUAUUGACAUAAAAAGAAGAAUGUAUGUAAUUUAUUUAUUUCAAAAUACAUUUUACUGCUCUCAGAAAACAGAAAAAAAUGUAUAUUUGAAAAAUAAUCAUUGCUUUUCGCUUAAAUUAAAUGUUCAAAUUGUCACGAGGCUGUUGGGUAGCUGCUUUAAUAUUGAAUUUAGCAAAAAACAAUAUUUAUUUGCCAAAACACAUUUUUUCCUGUUUUCUGAUAGCAGUAAAAUGUAUUUUAAAUUAAAUAAAUUACACACAUUCUUCUUUUUGUCAAUAAAUUUAAUUAAAAAAAAAUUUUUUUGGGCACCCUGUAUAAAUAAUUAUGUUAAUGUUUAUAUUACUGAAUAAAGAAUUGAAUUACCUUUCAAAUGAGCUAUCACACGACCCCUAUUCUUAUUUAAAAAUAUUAUCGAUGACGUCAUCACGCCCAGAUGGGUGACAUCACUAGUAUGAUAUAUAUGUCAGAAAGUCGGAAUUUAAAAAUAAAAAUUGACCUGUUUCUGGAUUUUUUUCUAAAAUCAUCCGUUCUUGAGAAAAUGAAUUUAUUCCAACCUUUACGUGCUCACUGUAUGUGACCACCGACAGCCCAUGAAGAGCCAUAGUCACCCGUUGGGGUUUCUAGAUUCUAAAGUUUUACAUGGUGUGGAGGCCAGCUACACUCUAAACUCCUCAAAAAUUCCAACGUUAUAUCUGAAAUAUUUACUUCCUAGUUUGUCUUUUUUAGAAGAUAAAAGAAGCGAAAUAAUUGAGGCGUGUAAUUGUUUAUUAAUAACUAAUAAAUUUCGGUCUUAGCUUUAAAUUUAAAUAGGUACAUACAUGGUAUCUACAAUGUUAUUCAUAAAAGAACUGUGAAAAUUUUGUCUUAGCUUGAAUAAGUACACAAUGGGUGCAUUCUUAAGUAUUUCCGUUAAAUUGAAGAUACUUCUAAAAUAUUAACCUUUAAAAGUCCUCCUAAACUUUCAGUUUUAGCUAACAUUGAUGUUCUAUAAAGACAAUAUAAAGGACGGCUAAAAAGUUUUUUUAGGGGAAGCCACUAAAAAGUUUUCAAUUAAACACGUCACUGUCGCAAGUUGAUCGUGUUUACUACUUUUUACCUAGAAAUUUACCAAAGACUAACUGGAGGAGACCAAAAAACUUAAGAAAGAGAAAAAGAGAUCUGGAAAGUUCGCUGAAAAUAAUAUUUCAUUUUAUUUUUCUUUGUUAUAUUCGUUUUCUUCUUUUGGUGAUAACCUUUUAUUAUGCCUCAUGCUCCAAGAACUACGUUGAAGACUCCGUUGGAGGUAUUUUUUAGUCUUAUCAUAUACUUUCCAGAUAAUUUGUUUUUUUUUUUGUUGUGAGACGGGUCUAUGACGUAGAUAUCGUGUACUUGUACUGUUUAUUACAUUCAUUUUUAAUUAGCAAAAUCAUAUGGAAUAUAUACUGCAAAUCGUCUUACUUCAACAUAAUCUUUAGUGAAGAAAUGAGAAGUCCCAGAUGUAAACAAUAAAUAUGAAAAUUUUCGUGGAGCCACCAGAAAUUCGACUAGAAUUUUAAGAAUUAUAGUUUACAUCGAGGACUUUUCAUUUCUUUAAUAGAUGUCCGAUACGCGAAUUAUUUUUAUGAUUGUUUAAUCUCAAACAUUCAAUUUUCAUAUUCGAUAUUAAACAAUCUUUUUAUCACCCCGUAUAUCACACUAACACAAUUGUUAUUAUAUUGCAAACAUGUGCGGACUAUUUAACCCGCGAGUAGUCGCGCCGUUAGAUAGAAUCUCACAUUUUAUCCUUUUUCGCGAUAACUUGAUGAAAAUUUUUGCAAUUUUGAAAAAAUUUCGUAAGUGCCUCGAGGAAGGGUGUAGUAAUGCGUAGGUAUUUUUCUUCUUCUUCUUCUUUUUGUGGAAUUCAUGGCUUUGGGGAGAGCCAAUUAUCUUUAAUAAUUGUUAGACAUAAUAUUUCUAACAUAGCAAGUAAAUAAAAAUACUAUAAAAUAAAAAUUUGUUGUAAAUUCGUAUUUAAAUUCGCAUUGUGAGAUGAAAUCUAACACGCGACUUUUUACGUUACAGAAGUGAGCGCGACUACUCCCGGCUUAAUUAGUUUAAUUAUUGCAAAUCAUAAACAAUAUUUUCAUAAACAAUAUUUUGUCGAUCGGAUAGCUCAGUGCGACUAGCGGCUGACCCGCACUUCACUUCGCUGUGAGGUACGAGAGUUCAAGCCCAAGCCAGGCCAUCGGAAAAACAAAAAGGCUAACGCGUCAGUAUAAAAUUCUAAAUAUGAAUCUGGCGCUUAGACUGGAAUAUGCGGGCAUCUGAUCGACCUAUGAGGGAGCAGUACGGCAAGGGAUAAGGGCUUGCGGCUCGGUGAUACUCCCCAUAGAUCCCUACCGAAGGGCGUUGACGCCUAAGAACGGUGUAUAUACAUAAACAAUAUUUUUGGCUAGGGCGCCCUAAAUGUGCUGACUAAAUAAAAUCCUUUUGUUAAUUAGACGCUUUCUGGGCUGUCCCCAAAAGUAGGGCAGCUAAGAAAGAGCAUACAUUAAAUACAUUCCUUCGAGUAACUUCAACGAGUGAAGAUGUGCUUGUAACGGGUAGUUCUUUCAAGUCGACAGACUCAGUGAAACACAAGUUAAAAAUAAAUAUAUUAAAGAUAAUUAUAUACAGUUUAAAACAAAUAAAAUAAAAUAUAAUUCCGUCUUCUGCAAAGGAAAAAUAAUAUUAAACUUUAGUACAGUUAUCCGAUCAUAAUAGCAACAUUAAAAUAAUACGAUAAACAGUAUAUUUAUAUACAAUAACAAUCUCGCUACGUUAAAUCAACAUAGCCCUAUAUUCCGAUCCGGAGAUCAUUCCUCGCUACUACCGCCUACUGCGAUGACGAUCAUGGCAAGACCCACGUCACUACUGUGGCAUCCGCCUAGGCAUAGUCCCACCUCACAUACGGUGCAUCUUUUGCCAAGCCAGCUAAUGCUAGUUCAAUACGCUAGCAGCAGCUGUUGAGCCAUGGUUAGUUCAAUUCGCUAGCCACGACUGAUUUUAUUCUUCUCUUGGCUCGCCUUAAAUAUGCUCUUGCUGCCACUACUCCUUCGAUUUCCCCCAGCGGCGCUAUGCGCCAACACGGAUGCUCCUCCGGUCGUCUCUGGUAAAACAGCUCGUCGCUUGUCGUGGCAUCACAUCGUUACAUGCUUUUAAAUACAUUCCUUCGAUUCAAUUCAAAGAGACAUCAUGUAACUUCAUCAAAUGAUUCUCAGUUCAACAGGUCUCCCGGGAAGUUAGUGUCAUUUACAGAAAUAAAUUAUCAUCUUGAAUUUGGUGUUUCACUAAAGCCGAUAGAUCCUGCAGCUGAGCUCGAAGAUUAUACAAUAUUUCUGUUUAAAUUGACGGACCACUGAAGAGGUCUGGAGAUACCGAAAUGGACGUAUGGAUACUUACUAAAAAUAAAGAUAUUCAAAUUUCAAAAUGCCUCAAAAACAAAAGAAUUGCAGCUUAUAAAGUGCAAGGAUUUAUAAAGCACCAAAACCCUUGAGGAAGGCAUUUUCGAUUUAUUUUGUGUUUAAUUUAUUUAUAGCACAUUUUCCUCACUUACUACAGUCGUUACAGAUAAAAAUGUCAAUGAAUCUGUAAACAUCAUACGGACAAGCUGGAUUUUUCUGAGAAUCUCAAUUUUCGGACCCCAAAAAAGAUGCAAAAAAGUUCGCCACUCCUCCCGAAAUUAUCUCGGCUACAUUUCUUGUUUGAAACAUGUUUUCUACGGCGUACAGAUUCUUGGCAAAUCGAUAUUUUCCGUUUAAUCAUAGGUUUAGGCAUUGGACAUUUUCAAAAUACAUGGGUCAGCAAUUUUAGGGUCCUGUAAAAAAUGCGGAAGAAAACAUAACACAUUACUUCAUAAUGACUUUACAAAUCAACAAAAUAGCAAUUCAAAUGAACUUUUAGUAUUCACUAAUUCAAGCAUUCAACCAAGCACAAGUGGUAGUUACAAUAAUACAUUAUAAUCUGAAACAAGAUUUUUGGGGUCCCAAAACUGAUAUUCUCAGCAAAAUUCAGUUUGUUCUUGAUUUUUAGAGGUGUAAUGGCACUUUUGUCUCUGACGAUUGGAGUAUUAGUUGUAUUUAAAAAAUAAUAGUGUUACAAAGCCCAUUUUACACUUAUAAAGGAUCUAUUCAUUAAAAAUUUGUAAAUGCUAUAAAUUUUCCUGUUAUCAACUACCAAAUAUCGUUUUUUGUUGUUAAAUAUAGUUUCGGCUAGAUUUUUACAAUGUUAAUAAUACAUUUUUUGGAAUUGUAUCACUUCUAUUAAUAUAUCAAUGACUUGUUUUAUUAAAUUCUAUAUUUAAGAUUUGUAAACGGAAAGUACUAUUACCAUUUCAAUUUAAAAAAGAUCUCAUUUCUAAGUAAUUCCUUGUCCGAAAAAUUGCUAUUUUUAUAUUAACUGAAUUUUGACAUUGUCUUUGUACCAUUGUUGAAUUUUCUGGAAAUGUGAUAAAAGAAAAUUGAUUUUAAUUGUUUCAGAAUAAUUGCCUCUUACCGCGGAAUAAAAAUUAUCUACUGUUUACCCAUUUAACAGAAAUACAUUAAUUACAAAAAGUAUCGCAUUAUUUUUAAAACAGAAAAAAGUUUAAAAAUAAUUUUUAAUUUUUAGCAGAAUGUUAUAAUACUGGCCUCUCUCGUCUCCUUUGGGUGUCUACAAAUUCAUAACAUUUCAAGUUCAAGCGUGUUUUUGCCGAAAAAAAAAACAGUAAAAACGUUGUUAAAGGAGAAUAUUUAUUUUGGACAUUUGUGUUCGAGAAUUUGAUAUGUGCACUAUGUCUGCUUCUGCUUGAGUUUUCAAUGAGGUGGUACGUUCUUACAAAAAAUGAGUAAUAUAACGUCAGAACAAGCAGCCCAAAUUGUAGGUUUAAUUGGAGAUGGACGAUCACAAUAAUAUAUUUCUGAUGUUAUAGGAAUCCACCAAUCCAGGGUUUCAAGAGCUUUAAAAAGGUAUAAAGAAAGUGGGUGAUACACAAGAAGAGCAGUUCCAGAACGUCCCAGGUGCACGAACCCCGCAGAUGAACAUUAUUUUCAUCUGCAGACUUUGCGUACACAUCAUGUUACAGCUAGAAAACUGCGAAAUGAUGUUUACACAGCCCUUAAUGUUCGAAUAAGUGCCAAUUCGGUUAGAAACAGAUUAACGGAAUUUGGAAUCAGAGCCAGAAUGGCUGCUUACUGCUCCACUGUUAACGAGGGCACAUCAUAUGGAACUUUUAAGUUUUUGACCAGGACAUGUCGACUGGGCUAAUGUUCUUUUUAUUGAUGAGUCAAGAUUUGCAGUGUCAGAUCCACAAAGUACAAAUCUUGAGUCAUCAGUAAAAGAAUAUUAGUCCAGUCGUUAAUAUCCCAAUCGACGUGUCCUGGUCAAAAACUUAAAAGUGCCAUACGAUGUGCCCUCGUAACAGUGGAGCAGUAGCAGCCAUUCUGACUCUGAUUCCAAAUUCCCUUAAUCUGUUUCUAACCGAAUUGGCACUUUACGAACCGAACAUUACGGGCCACGGACUGUGGAAAGAUCAUUUCACAGUUGUCUAGUGUCUAUAAACGGGAAAGGGAAGAAAAAAAUUAAUAUCAAAAAUUAAAUCAAAAAUAAUGGCGCAUAGUACUUCUUUUAAAUUGUUUUUUUCUAAGAUGACUAUUUUUGAAGAGUAUAAUAAUGACUACACUUUAUGAAUGGUAACAGUAGAUAACUUUAAUUCUGUGUCCUUCAAAGAUAAUCUAUAUUUGAUGCUAAUCUCUGUAUUGAUAAAUAUUGUAAAAAUUAAUAUAUGUACAUAAUGGAAUAAAAUAGCUGUUUUCAUACGAA